GGCAUGGCUGGGGGCCUGUGGCGCUUGAAGGAGAGGAUGCUCCGCGCGGAGGAUUCUGGAUGAUGUGGGACUGAGUUCGCCCCUAGAUGCUGAAGGGGAGAACGCUGGGGGUGUGAGGAUUGUCUCCCUCUGGUUCCUGUGGUUGUGUGUGGCAGAAUGUACGUUGGGAAUUAUGGAAAGGACCCCGGCCUUGGGAGAGCUGGGGUCAGGUCCUGGCCAUACCACUUACUGGUUCUGUGCGUUUUGCUGAAUCCCUUCACGCCUCUGAGCCUCACUUUCCUCAAGAUGAGAAGGAUGGACUUGAUCUCCUUCCAGCGCUGUCAUGUACUGUGUUCCCUUUAUCCCCUAGCUAUGGGGCUCCUGUUGGAUUCACACAGGCGUCGGGCCUUGGCGCGGUUGCUCCUUCGCCUAAACACUCCCCUCUGUGUGGUGAGCUAUGUGGCUGGUGUGGUCUGGUUCCUGGCUCUGGCCUUUUCACCCCUGACCCAAAAUACAUACAUAUCGGAAAAUGCUAUGGGUUCCACUAUGGUAGAGGAGCAGUUUGAGGGUGGAGAACAUGCCCUCAGCUAUGCCAGGGACUUCAUUGCCCAACGCAGGAAAACAGGAAACUUGCCCGUGGCCUGGCUGGAACGGACCAUGCGUUCUGUGGGACUGGAAGUUUAUAGUCAGAGCUUCUCCCGAACAUUGCCCUUCCCUGAUGAGACCCACGAGCGAUAUAUGGUGUCAGGUACCAACGUGUAUGGCAUCCUACGAGCUCCAAGGGCAGCCAGCACUGAGUCCUUGGUGCUCAUUGUGCCCUCCAGCCCUGGAACCCUCAACGCCCAGGCAGUCGGACUGCUCUUGUCCUUGGCUGCUUACUUCCGAAGUCAGAUUUAUUGGGCCAAGGACAUCAUCUUCUUGGUGACAGAGCACGACUUGCUGGGCACAGAGGCCUGGCUAGAAGCCUACCAUGAUGUCAACAUUACUGGAAUGCAGUCGUCUGCACUUCGGGGCCGGGCAGGGGCCAUCCAGGCAGCAGUGGCCCUGGAGCUGAACAGUGAUGUGGUCACCAGCCUGGAUGUGGCUGUGGAGGGCCUGAAUGGGCAGCUACCUAACCUGGACCUUCUCAAUCUCUUCCACGCCUUCUGCCAGAAGGAGGCUCUGCUCUGCACCCUGCAGGGGAAGCUGCAACACUCAGACUGGGCCUCUUUGGGAGGCUCCCUGCAUGGACUGCAGACAUUGAUGCUCAUGGUCCUGCGUCAAGCCUCUGGUCGCCCUCAUGGUCCCCAUGGGCUUUUCCUGCGCUACCACGUAGAAGCCAUCACCCUACGUGGUAUCAACAGCUUCCGCCAAUAUAAAUAUGACAUGACUGCUGUGGGAAAGACCUUGGAGGGGAUGUUCCGCAAACUGAACAAUCUUCUCGAGCGGCUGCACCAGUCCUACUUUUUCUACCUCUUGCCCUCACUGUCCCGCUUUGUUUCCAUCGGUCUCUACAUGCCUGCCAUAGGCUUCCUGCUCUUCAUCCCUGGGCUGAAGGCCCUGGAGCUGUGGGUGAAGCUCAAUAAGGUGGAUUUCAGCCCUGAGGAGCAGUUGGGCCCUCUUCAGCUUGUGGGACAGGAUGUCCGUGGCGUGGCCCUCACCCCUCUGGUAGCCCCCGUUUUGAUAUCCCAGGCCACUGGCCUGGCCCUGUACCUCCUGCCUGUCAUGGGCCAGCAUGUGGCUGCCCAGCACUUCCCUGUGGCCGAGGCCGAGGCCGUGGUGCUGACGCUGCUCGCCAUCUAUGUGGCUGGCCUGGCCUUGCCUCACAGCACGCACCGCGUGGUGAGCAGCACUCCCCGAGGCCCGGACAGUGGCUGGAUGGCCCUGAAGCUUCUCGCCCUGCUCUACCUGGCGCUACAGCUGGGCUGUAUCUCCCUCUUCAACUUCUCUCUGGGCUUCUUGCUUGCUGUCACCAUGGUACCUGCUGCUGCCCUCACCCAGCCCAGUGGACCCAGGCUUCUGUACGCGGUGUUACUGGUGCUGGUGAGCCCCGGGGCCACCCUCCUGGGCAGCCUUUUCCUGUGGCGCGAGCUGCAGGAGGCCCCCCUGACGCUGGCUGAGGGCUGGCAGCUGUUCCUCGGCGCUCUGGCCCAAGGCGUCCUGGACCACCACCUGUACGGCGCCCUGCUUUUCCCACUGCUCUCCCUGGGCCUCUACCCUUGCUGGCUACUCUUCUGGAAUGUCCUCUUCUGGAAAUAGUGACCCCUUGUCCACUCCCUCAUCCUGCCUCGGAUCUCUGGACCCAAGAGGGAGCUUUCUGUGUCUAUGUUGAAGAAUUUCAUAAGUGUACAUUCAGUUGGAUAAGCUCUUAGAGGUCAUCCAAUCCAUCCUCAUCUCUUAGAGGAAAGCAGUAUUGGAGCAGGGAGAAGGCAAGGCCACACAGUGAGCGAGCAGAGCUGGAACUCUACUUGGGGCCUUAUUGGUGGGCCAAAGCUCUUAGGAGGACAUCCUUGCAGCCUUUGGGAGUCCUUACUUCAGUACCACCUGGGGACUAGUUGACCCCAGGCCAGUACCUACUGCUGGAAGGACAGAGGACUGUGUGACUGCCUGCAGUGAGGGCAGGGGGUGCUGAGGAGAGGGACAGGGAGGUCCACACAUGCCCCAAAGCAGCUAGUUGGUUGGUUUGCUUUGGGAGGACCUCUCCGUGUGUUUCUUCCCCGUCCCAAGGAAAUAAACAGGUCUGGGGGGUUUUGUGUGUGUAGAUUUUGUGGGUUUCUGAGUUCUGGAUCCUCUUCUUCCUCAUUUAAUUCUUUGGGGAGAGUCAGAAUAAGUGGCGGGGUUGGCAGUCCCAGAGAGACCCACUUCAGCUCCAAAGAUUGGGGUCAUGCAGAAGAGAGGAUGGGGAAGGGAGGGCUGACGGAAGAUUUGAAGAUUUUAGGGGAGUGCCAGGCUGAUGGGAAUCUCUGCUACAGUAGGGCACCAGAAAUGCUAAUGGGACUUUUGACUACAUGAGGAGAAGCUUGGUGUCCAGGACCAGAGAGGUGAUGGUCUCUGCAUUCUUAGCUGCUCAUAAUACAUAUAAAGCAUUAUUUUGAGUUCUGAGCAUCACAUUGCUUAGGGCAGAGAGAGUGCUGACCUUGAAUUCUGGAAGACAAUGAACUUUGUGUUCUUUAGAGCACUAUAUAAAUGGUCGCUGUUAGCAUUUUCAGACUUUGAUAAAGCGCCACAAAACUUGUGAUGGUGUGGAAGUGAUUUCAGGUGUCCUAAGUGGCUAUGUCAGCUCGGUACAUGUUCUGUCGGGUUGUAACAUGCUUAAAAAGGACCAGGACCCACCUAGCAAAGUAUGAAAAGAUACAUCCUCAGGAGACUGAUCAGUGGCAACCCAUCCAUGAAGAAAAAUGCCAAAUGCUCUCAGUCCUCGGCUGACCAGGUGUUAGAAGAAGAGACGGGAUGCUAAGAACUGCACCAUUUUUUCGACUAUCUGUAAACAAUUUAGUUGGUAUUUUCGAUUUGAGAUUUUUGCCAGUACCUAAGUACGUAUACCUGUAGGAACUAAAUCACAUCAACUGAAAUUUUUGCUGUAAAUGAGAAGGCAACAGGAUAUCGCAGCUAAAGGAAUGGAGAGGUGCCAGGUUCUUCCUGGAGAGGCAAAUUAAGGAAUCGGCAGAAUUUACAGUUCAGAGCUGGAAGGGAUCUUGAGUCAUCGAAUCAACUCCCUUAUUUCCCAGAAGAGGCACAAAGGGCUUGAAUAACUUGUCCAGAUUUAUACAAGUCAUCAAAUAGCAGCUAAAAUUUUAACACAAGUCCUUUGGAUCGGAAUCCUUUUGAUUGGAUCUAAAUCCAGUGUUUUUUUUUUCCCUUGUAAAACUCUGCCUGCUUUUCUGGUUGAUUUUAUCAUACAUCCAAAGCUAUGAAGAAACAUUUCCUAGGAUGUCUGGUCAUCUUAAAUUACAGUAUUCAUGACAAGUAUUGGUAAAUGUAGGUUAUAUGCAAUUCUCUUUUGCAGAAAAUGAGGCACUAGAGAAAUGCAUAUGUACUUUGAGACUUCCAUGCAAAAGGGGACAUGGGGGAAUGAAAAAAGGGGGGGGGGCAAAGACAUACUAUUGAGAAGCCUAUAUAUAAUAAGUAAGAAAAUAAUUGACUUCUUUGACCAGUGAGAGGGCCAUAUAUCAGCAAAACUGAAAUGUAUUAUACUUUUAACACCCAGGAAAUUACAAUUCUAAUAUAGGAAUCAUUCCCUAGUCAAUGUGCAUUCUGAUUUGUUAGAACAAAGGUCAAGAUAGACAUAAAAUAAUCAGAGAUGUAAAUUAGAACAAGUUGGAGGUUUCACCUGAUAAUUGGGGGGAAAAAAGUUUAAAAUCAAGGAAAUGCUUUAGGGUUGUGUAAAACCAAGAACACAUUAAUUGUUUUUGGGUUGUUUCUGGAGACUACUAGUGAUAGUCUGAAAUUACAAAAAUAACCAUAUCCUUUGACCCAAUAAUUCCAGUGUUAGGAUACUAUAAAGCAAUUAAGCUGGACAACUAUUAGAAAUGCAAAGAAAUAUGGGAAUGACUUUUAUGGAAUAAAACAAGGUAAAAGUUUAACUAGAAUAAAGUACUCAUGAACUAUAAGGAAAAUAAAGAAUCCUGAUGAUAUAAGGGAUGAACAGAAACUAAUUGAUAAAGAUAGUAAAAAUUAAGUGUAGAUGAGCUAAAGGUACAUGUG